CCACAGCAAACACAGCAGCAGCAGCCACAGCAAACACAGCAGCAGCAGCAGUCACAGCAAACACAGCAGCAGCAGUCACAGCAAACACAGCAGCAGUCACAGCAAACACAGCAGCAGCAGUCACAACAAACACAGCAGCAGCAGGUCACAGCAAACACAGCAGCAGCAGCGGCCACAGCAAACACAGCAGCAGCAGCACACAGCAAACACAGCAGCGGCAGCCACAGCAAACACAGCAGCAGCAGCAGCAGCCACAGGAAACACAGCAGCAGCAGCCACAGCAAACACAGCAGCAGCAGCAGUCACAGCAAACACAGCAGCAGCAGUCACAGCAAACACAGCAGCAGCAGCCACAGCAAACACAGCAGGCAGCCACAGCAAACACAGCAGCAGCAGUCACAGCAAACACAGCAGCAGCAAUCACAGCAAACACAGCAGCAACAGUCACAGCAAACACAGCAGCAACAGCAGCCACAGCAAACACAGCAGCAGCAGCAAACACAGCAGCAGCAGCCACAGCAAACACAGCAGCAGCAGCCACAGCAAACACAGCAGCAGCAGUCACAGCAAACACAGCAGCAGCAGUCACAGCAAACACAGCAGCAGCAGCAAUCACAGCAAACACAGCAGCAGCAGUCACAGCAAACACAGCAG